AUGAAGCUCCUUGAAUCGAAGAAACGAACAGACGCGCAGCCAGAGUCAUCUGAAAAUCCUUCGGACUCCGUUCCUCCAAACAAGAAAACUAGGGGUUUGCCGAACUUGACUGAAUGCCAUGCUUGUGGCUUCAAGGUUGACGUCUGCACCGGUAAGAAUAGACUCCGAACCCUUUAUAGCGAAUGGCGUGUAGUUCUUCUAUGCAAGAAGUGUUUUUCUUCCGUUGAAUCUUCCCAAAUUUGUUCCUAUUGUUUUUCCGGAACGUCUCUUGAAUCGUAUCGUUGCAAUAAGUGUCAGCAUUCUGUUCACAAAACUUGUUUCUUGAAAUACAAAAAUGCUCCUCCGUGGUCCUACGCUUCUUUGGGCUCUGACUUUUCUGUCUGUGUGGAUUGUUGGAUUCCUAAACACCUGGAAAUUUCUAGAAGAAGAAAAAGAAGAGUUAUGGGUGGGGAGAAUGACAGGGUUAUUCUAGAGAAGGGUAGUUCUAGGGUUUUGCCGGGUGGACAUUUGGUGAGAUCAAUGGAGGAUUUGGUUGAGGAUGCAAAACGUGAGGUGGAGGAGAAGGUUGAGGCAGCUGCUAGGGCUAGAGAGGGGGCAACGAAGAAAGCUUUGGUGGCUAGAAGGGCUGUUGAACUUGCAAACAACGCUUUGAGUUUAGUAGGAAAUGGGGAAGAGAGUAGUUUGAAUCUGCCUCCCAAGAUGGAUGCUUUUAAAGUUCUUGAUGGCUCUGAGUUGACUUUUGAGUUGCAUCCUCAUUUAAAUAGCUUACCGAGGAUUUCAAAGAGUUGCUGCUUAUUGAAUACAAGUUUGUUGGAUAUUCCAAAGCGGUUGGCUUCUAGCGUUGAUUCGUCGUGCAAGACAUCAAACUCAAAGAAUGAUGGCGAUCGUGAUAAGCAUGAAGUGUCAUGUGAUGAUAAGCUAUUGGCGUACUCUUGCAAAUCUUUAUGUGAGCCUUUGGUUUCUGUAGGAACUUUGGAUAGUGGUUCUUCAACUGGUCUGAAUCUUCUCUGUAUAGGAAGAAGUGGAACGGAAACUGGUUCAAAAGAUGGUGAGCGCACAGCUGAAUCUGAUGGUGAAGGGGUCGGGGAAGAGCUACAGAAGGAAGGGGAGGGAAGCUGUUCUGAUCGGUUGAUAAACUUCAGUGAAGAUAGUGGCGUGGAACUUGAUCGUAAGCAUGCAGAUUCUGCAUUGCAUAGAGAGAAGCGUUGCAAUGGGCAACCAGAUCGCUAUUUCUUGAAGUAUAGUAGAAGGAAUUGUAGUUUAAAAUCAAACCUAGAUAGUAAAUAG